ACAGAGGGCUGCAGCCAUCUCUGCCCACAGUCUCUCCAUUGUGACUCAAAUGAAAAUACAGGCCUCGUUCUGCUACAAAAUGCAAAGCUGAGGCCAAGUUCGCCUCUUUAAAAAUUGAGAAAGAUUGUGACCGAAAGCAAAUGCGACAAGCCUCCUCUGAAAGUAGCCCUGCCAUCUGAAGCAUGAAAUAAAUCUCAUAAUAUCAGUGGAGCAUCAGCCGGUACUCCUGGGUCAGGAGCUGGUACGGAGGUGGAAAGUGUUUACUAAGUGACCCCGCCAGAAUACCAGGCUCCUGUUCCUCUGGGAUGGAAAACCAGACAGAACCGCAUAUGAUCUGCUGCAGAUGGACCACAACCAGCAGAUUCUGGCGGGAGAAGAAACAAACUACUUGGAGCUGGAGCUGGGCGAGCUGCUGCAGGAGUUCCAGGAUGUGGUGGAGGAGCUGAAGGCCCCCUCUCAAAGCAAACCUCACGCCUACCAGCGCGUCCUACAGGAGGCCAAAAGUCGCACGGGGCUGGCGGACGACAGCGGGGUCGAGGACUCGGACUACGGCAGCGAGGCUUCUUUGGGAAACAGUUUGAACACCAGCGAGGAGGAGCUUCACACAGCAGGCAUAACGCUGGCACCGAAAGCCAAGCUGGGAGACACACGGGAACUUGAGAGUUUUAUCGACAUGUUGGACCGGGAGCUUGCAGAGAUGUGAACACAGAGAGAAAGCGAGCCACGCAGAGCGGGGAGAAAUGGGCCGGGGGCGACAUGGCUGGCUACCGCCGAGCAGACAGGCAGAUCUACACCAGAGCAGAUCUGAGGGAGCAAACGCUCCCCUGGCUGCUCCAGGGGAAAAGGUUAACAUCAGAAAUUAAAAGGGCACUCCAUUCCAAAAUGCAAGAACACCCUCAGACCCCUGGCGGUGCCGCGUCCAGCCGGCAAGACGACGUCCCCGCAGCAACAGAUCCGAGAUGUGUGACAUAUUCCCAAAACUAGACAAAGCUUCCAUCUGUGCGGGCGUGAGAGAAAAUGCAGCCCAGAGUAUAGAAAGCAUGUUCGUGCCACAUUUAAAAUUCCCGUAAGUGCUAUGCCAGUAAAGGGCCCUAAAUCCUUGGUGCCAUUUUUUUUUUAAAGGAGGCCGUUACAAAUUACAGAUGGCACUUUAGUUUUAAAGUAAUUUAAAAUCCAAGGGGUUUAGAUCUGCUGUGUAAUAUCAAAUGUCAUUUUGUGCUGAUAUUUUUAAUGUACAGUUCCUGUUAAUAUUCAUUUUGUAUAUAUAAGCUGUUGUACAGAUGAAUGCACGUAUAAAUAAAGCUACCUUUUGAUGGAA